AUGGCUGGAAAAAUUGACCGUGGGGUGAAUAAUGGGACUGCUCCUCCAAUUUUUAAGCUUGGGGGUCAAAACUACCAUAGCAUUGGUAGCUUACUUCCUCCUGAUAGUUUGCGACCAACAUUUGCCCAGCUAUAUAUCUAUGACACAGAAAAUGAGAUUGACAAUCGAAUAGGCACACUUCGUUCCAAUGAAGCUAUAAAUGAGCGGGAUAGAAAAAUUGUGGCAAUAUUAAGAAAUAUGCUAGACAAAUAUAAUAGUUUGGCAAAGAAUUUUUGCUAUGCAAGAGAUAGGUACCAACAGAAAAACUGCACAAACAUAAAGCUUAAGUUGAUUAGUAAAAGGAAUACAGAUGGCAGGACAUACAACUUGCCAUCUGCAUCUAAAGUGGCUGCAUUGAUUGUUGGCGAUGUCGAACAACUUAGCAAAGAUAGAGAUAUUAUUAUAGAGAGUCAAUCUAGAAAGCUCCAGCGGAUUAAUGUUUUUCAUCCAUCUUAUUUAGCCUUGCAAUAUCCAUUGUUGUUUCUGUAUGGGGAGGAUGGAUUUCGUUUGGGUAUUGCAACAUCAGACUCUAUCUCCGCUAGACCUACAAAGAAAAACAAAACAAUCAAUUUGCGACAAUUCUUUGCUUUUCGACUACAGAAAAGGACGGGUGAAUCUCCGUUAAUUCUGAGAUCAAAGAGAUUAUUCCAACAGUUUCUGGUAGAUGCCUACACAAUGAUGGAAUCAGAGAGGUUAAAAUUCUUUAGGUGUAAACAACCACAGUUGAGGGUUGAUAAAUACAAAUGUCUGCAUGAAAGUCUUAUAAACGGGGAUGUAAAUGCUACAAGACUUGGAAAAAGAAUCAUUCUUCCCAAUACUUUUACCGGUGGACCUAGAUAUGCAGGAUAUCCUAGCUAUUUUAUUACAAUGACCUGUAACCCUGAAUGGGAUGAGAUAAGAAGAGAAGUGACUUCCAUUGGAUUGAAGGCAGAAGACCGUCCUGAUAUAUUGUGUCGAGUUUUCAAGAUCAAGCUUGAUGGUUUGAUAGAUGACCUCAAAGAGAGAAAAAUCUUUGGCAAAAUUUUGGGAUACGUUUGCACUGUAGAGUUUCAAAAGAGAGGGCUUCUGCAUGCACAUAUCCUUUUAUUCAUGAGUAACGAGUUCAAGCCACAAACACCAGAUGACAUAGACAAAUAUAUAACAGCUGAGAUUCCUGAUGAAAAUGAAAGGCCAAAUCUACAUAGAGCUGUUCAAAAUUACAUGGUACAUGGUCCAUGUGGUCCGUAUAACAAGAAUUCACCUUGCAUGAAGAAUGGAUCCUGUUCAAAGUUCUAUCCUAAAGAGUUUAGACAGCGAACACUCAUUGAUGAGGCCGGAUUUCCCAAAUAUAGGCGUACUGAUAACGGUCGAACAGUGAAGAAAAGGGAAUGUGUACUAGACAAUAAGUUCAUUGUUCCGUAUAAUCCAGAAUUGUUGCUCAAGUUCGGGUGCCACAUAAAUGUGGAAUACACAUGCCAAACAAGUUCUAUUAAGUAUCUGUUUAAGUAUGUACACAAGGGUAAUGACCGCGUAACAGCUACUCUAUAUAAUGCUGGUGAUCUGUCAGAAGCCACACAAGUUGUUGACAAAAUUAGGAAUUACUACGAUUGUAGGUAUAUUUCGGCAUGUGAGGCAGUCUGGCGUCUAUUUGGAUACGAAAUCCAAAAGAAAGAAUCAUUUGUGAUUAGACUUCCAUUCCAUUUGGAGGAUGAGCAACCUGUGAUUUAUGGUGAAACUUCUAAUGCGAAUGAUAUUGUCGAAAGAGAAAUAUCUCAUAAGUCCAUGUUUUUGGGAUGGAUGGCAGUGAACAUGUCAUAUCCUUAUGCUCGAAGUCUGACUUAUGCUGAGUUUCCAACCAAGUUUGUUUGGAAGGACGAUUCUUCAAAGUGGUUUCCUCGAAAGAAAGGCUUCGCAAUUGGAAGGUUGACUCAUGUACCUGCAGUAAAUACCGAAGAAUAUUACCAACGGCUUCUCUUGAAUACUCAAAGAGGAUGUAUGAGUUUUCGAGAUAUAAGAACAGUAGGAGGAACAAUUUAUGCUACGUAUAGAGAUGCAUGCUUCGCCCUUGGACUCUUGCAAGAUGACAAUGAAUUCAUUGAUGCAAUUAAGGAAGCAAGCUCAUGGGCUUCAGGAUCAUAUGUUAAGAGGUUAUUUGUCAUUCUAUUAACAUCCAACAAUAUCUCAAGACCAGAACAUGUUUGGUAUAGAUGUUGGCAUGAACUCUCAGAUGAUAUUUUGUAUCGACAGAGAGCCGUGAUGAACAUGAGCGAGUUAACAAUGUCAGAUAAUGAGAUUAAGCAGUUGUGCUUAAUGGAUAUAGACAAGAUCUUACAUUCCUAUGGUAAAACCUUAAAAGACUAUCCUCUUAUGCCUUUAGCAACUGAAGUUGAUAAUUCUUUGUUAACCGAAAGGGUUAUAAGGGAAGAGCUAAACUUUAACAAGGAUGAUUUAAAGAAAAAUGCCUCAGACAUGUUAGCCAUCGCAACACAUGAGCAGAGAUAUGCAUUCGAUAAAAUUGUUACAGCUGUGUAUUGUGAUGAAGGGGGUUUUUUCUUUGUGUAUGGUCAUGGAGGUACUGGAAAAAUAUUUCUCUGGAACCUUAUGUCUGCUGAGAUUCGCUCAAGGGGUGAUAUAGUGUUAAACGUUGCUUCGAGUGGUAUUGCAUCUUUACUUUUUCCCAAUGGAAGAACGGCACACUCAAGGUUCAAAAUACCGCUGAAUAUAACUGAGGAUUCUAUAUGUAACAUCAAACCUUGUUCCCCUCAAGCAAUGUUACUAUUGAGAGCCAAACUUAUAAUUUGGGAUGAGGCUCCAAUGGUUAGCAGGUACUGCUAUGAAGCGCUUGAUAAAUGCUUGGGUGAUAUCAUGAGGUGUUCUCCAACAUAUAGCAAAGAUUUGCCCUUUGGAGGAAAAGUGGUUGUACUAGGUGGAGACUUUAGACAAAUUCUUCCUGUCAUUUCACGAGGAUCGAGACAAGAUAUCGUUCAUUCAACCGUGAAUUUGUCUUACCUUUGGAAGUUUUGUCAGGUGCUCAAACUAACAAAAAACAUGAGACUCUUUGUAGGGACGACUGCUUCAGAUCAAGAUGAGACAGAGCAAUUUGGUGAGUGGUUAUUGAAAGUUGGUGAUGGUCUAAUAGGUGACAAUAUGGAUGGUGAAUCUGAGAUAUGUCUUCCAGGAGAUAUUGUUAUUCCUUCUUCGGACCAGGCAUUUGAUGAGUUAGUUCAUUUUUCUUAUCCAAAUAUUUUGGAAAACAUGUCCUCAAAGGAUUUUUUCAAAGCAAGAACUAUACUGGCUCCCACACUAGACAUUGUUGAAGAGGUCAACAACCAUCUGAUGGCUAUCAUUCCUAGAGGGGAAAAAUUAUAUCUUAGUUCGGAUUCCAUAUGUAUGGAUGAAGGGAAUAUGGAGAGUCAACUAGAUCUCUAUGGUUCUGAAUUACCGAAUAGCAUAAAUUGUUCUGGUUUGCCUCCACAUAAAUUAAUACUCAAGAUUGGUGUUCCGGUGAUGUUACUGAGGAGUAUUGACCAAUCCAGUGGUCUUUGUAAUGGUACAAGGCUACAAGGUAGGAAGCUUGGAAAUCAUGUCAUAGAAUGUGAAGUCUUAACGGUAACAAUGUUGGUCAUAUUGCUUUGA